AUGCCCACUAUCGAGGAGAGAGUAAAGAAAGUAGUUGCAGACCAACUUGACAAAAGGCCAGAGGCGAUCAAGAAUGAUGCCAGCUUUGUGGGUGACCUGGGUGCCGAUUCUCUUGACACAGUCGAACUUAUAAUGCAAUUGGAAGAGGAGUUCGGCAUGGAGAUUAAAGAGGAAGAUGCUGAACACCUCAAAACUGUCCAAGACGCCAUUGACUACAUCAGAAACAACCAGCAGUAA